AUGUCGCUUCCAUCUGGGGUUUCCGUUGCAGAUGACUGCAUCUCUGCCUUUAGCGAACUGAGAUCCCAAAGGAGUUCCAAAAAGCCCAGGUUCAUCAUCUACAGAAUUACAGAGGACUACAACACCGUUGUUAUAGAAGAGAGCUCCUUUGAGCAAGACUACGAGGUCUUUCGCCAAAAGCUAGUCUCGGCAGUUGACGCUGAAGGGAAUCCUGCCCCUCGUUAUGCGGUCUACGAUGUUCAAUAUGACCUUGGAUCAGAGGGAAAGAGAAGCAAAAUCGUCUUCAUCACCUGGGUUCCCAGAGAAACAUCAAUCAAAGUUCGAAUGAUUUAUGCUACUACGAAAGAACAAGUGCGGAGAUUCCUCGAUGUCAAAGCAUCAAUCCACGCAGAUGACCCCGACGAACUUGAAUGGAAGACUGUCCUGAAGGAGGCCAGUGGUGGCAAAGCCUAA